AUAGGUAGACAUCCCUGCAAACAAGUAUUUGCUCCUUCUCUCUCCCUCUCUCAUCUGUUGCGCCCACUAUAAAUAUCAAUCUUCUCUCUUGAAAUCGUAAUUCUGGGAUUUUUAAUACUCCUCUUUCCUUUUCCCCCUUUUCUUCAUUCCAUUAAUUUCUUCAAAUACCUGCAUAAGUAGCAGAUCGAAUCAAAGCUUUGCUGAAAUGGGUUCCCAAUCAGUCGCAGAUAUGAUAGAGGCUGCAUCAGGAGUCCAUUUUUCUGGAUUUCACGUGGAUGGCAUAGAAUCCAGGAAGGCUGUUAUUGAGCAACCAACUACAUCUACUGAAAAUGUUUACAAUGAACCUUUUGUCAUUGGAGUUGCAGGAGGUGCAGCAUCAGGAAAGACCACCGUCUGUGAUAUGAUUAUUCAGCAGCUUCAUGAUCAGCGUGUGGUUGUUGUUAAUCAGGAUUCAUUUUAUCAUAAUCUGACGGAGGAGGAGCUUGGACGAGUUAAUGAGUGCAAUUUUGACCAUCCUGAUGCAUUUGAUACUGAAGAGUUGCUUUCUACCAUGGAUAAUUUAAGGCGUGGAAAAGCAGUGGAUAUUCCAAAUUACGAUUUCAAGAGUUACAAAAACAAUGUAUUUCCAGCCCGUAGGGUCAACCCAUCAGAUGUAAUUAUAUUGGAAGGAAUACUUAUCUUCCAUGAUCCUCGUGUUCGUGUGCUCAUGAAUAUGAAAAUAUUUGUUGAUACAGAUGCUGAUGUACGAUUGGCAAGAAGAAUAAGGCGUGAUACGGGUGAGAAGGGUAGAGAUAUUGGUACAGUACUAGAUCAGUACUCAAAAUUUGUGAAACCUGCUUUUGAUGAUUUCAUACUUCCAACAAAGAAGUAUGCAGAUAUUAUAAUUCCUCGUGGAGGUGAUAAUCAUGUUGCUGUUGACCUUAUUGUCCAACAUAUUCGUACAAAACUUGGUCAACACGAUCUCUGCAAAAUAUAUCCUAAUCUUUAUGUUAUCCAGACAACAUUCCAGAUACGUGGUAUGCAUACGCUUAUCCGUGAUGCUCAAACUACAAAACAUGAUUUUGUUUUCUAUGCUGAUCGGCUGAUCCGCUUGGUUGUUGAGCAUGGACUAGGACAUCUCCCAUUCACAGAGAAGCAGGUUAUCACUCCUACUGGCUCCGUAUAUACUGGUGUAGAUUUCUGCAAGAGAUUAUGUGGAGUGUCCAUUAUUAGAAGUGGUGAAAGCAUGGAGAAUGCUCUACGGGCAUGCUGCAAGGGAAUUAAAAUUGGCAAAAUUCUUAUACAUAGAGAAGGUGACAAUGGGCAGCAGCUCAUAUAUGAAAAAUUACCACAAGACAUUUCAGAUCGACAUGUGUUGCUCUUGGAUCCAAUCCUAGGAACAGGAAAUUCUGCUGUUCAAGCCAUAUCUUUACUCAUAAAGAAGGGUGUGCCAGAAGGGAACAUCAUAUUUCUUAAUCUCAUAUCUGCACCCCAAGGAGUGCAUAUGGUCUGUAAAAGCUUCCCGAGAAUAAAGAUUGUGACCUCUGAAAUUGAAACGGGCUUAAAUAAAGAUUUCCGUGUCAUUCCCGGCAUGGGCGAGUUUGGAGACAGGUAUUUUGGGACAGAUGAUGAAUGAAUGAGGAGGCAAGCAUUUUUCACUGUUGCAAAUGAUGAUCAAGAGUGCCUGUUAGCCAGUUGAUUCCUUUUGGGGAGUGGGAGGUUCAGCCUAGUCAAUGUACUGCCUCCAAUAUACUUCAAAACCUUUUUUACAUAUACACCUUUCCAAUUUUGUUACAAAGCAAUGCACCCAGCACCAUGUUGUGGCAAGAUAUGUAACUGCAGGGAGCAAAUGAGGCCCUAGAAGAUAACAAUUGGUGGUAUAUGAGCGCCAAAGUUCCGACAUAUAUCAUGUUGUACAUUUUUUGAUUUUAUUAGAAACUCAUUUUGACACUCUUUGAGGUGUUUGUCACUGAAUGUCAGAUAGUUCUUUUAUCAGUGUCAUAUCCAGUUUUCUGUUUGCUGAUCUAUCCAUUUUUUUUUGCUGAA